AUGGCCUCCCUCCGCACUACAUCGCGACUCUUCGCUGCGUCGCGCCCACUGUUCCGGUCCGCCACCUUCGCUCGUUCCUAUGCCACCGUCGAGGCCUCUCGGAAUGUCGACCCUACUCCCUCUGAGAACCCUUCCAUGAAGACCUUCAAGGUCUACCGUUGGAACCCGGACACCCCGAGCGAGAAGCCCACCAUGGAGAGCUACCAGCUCGACCUCAAGAAGACCGGUCCCAUGAUGCUUGACGCUCUCAUCCGCAUUAAGAACGAAAUCGACCCCACUCUGACUUUCCGUCGCUCUUGCCGUGAGGGUAUCUGUGGUUCUUGCGCCAUGAACAUCGACGGUGUUAACACCCUGGCUUGCCUGUGCCGUAUCCCUACCGACACUGCCACCGACUCUCGCAUCUACCCGUUGCCUCACACCUACGUCGUCAAGGAUCUUGUUCCCGAUCUCACCCUUUUCUACAAGCAAUACAAGUCUAUCAAGCCCUACCUGCAGCGCGAUACCCCCACUGAGGAUGUGAGUAUUGCAUAUAACCUUGAUCACCCCCCAAUGGCUUGGUCAACCCUGUACAUAUUAGAUGCAUGCAUACUAACGGAAGGGAAAAAAAAACAGGGUCUUGAGUUCCGCCAAAGUCCCGCCGAUCGCAAGAAGCUCGAUGGUCUCUACGAAUGUAUUCUCUGCGCCUGCUGCUCUACCUCCUGCCCAUCUUACUGGUGGAACAGCGAGGAGUACCUUGGUCCUGCCAUUCUCCUGCAGUCCUACCGUUGGUUGAUUGACUCCCGCGACGAGCGCACCGCUGAGCGCAAGGCUGCUCUUGACAACAGCAUGAGCGUCUACCGUUGCCACACCAUUCUCAACUGCACACGAACCUGCCCCAAGGGUCUUAACCCCGGUCGUGCCAUUGCUGAGACCAAGAAGAUGUUGGCCGCUUAA